AUGGAUGAAGAAGACCUGGAGGAAAUGAGAGCCCUUAGAGCUGCAAGGUUWUAUCUGGACUUGUCACAAAGCAAUGCAAAUGAUGGUAACAGAUUCUGGGCAUGUGUGGAGUUUACAAAUAUUUCCCUUAUGGCGUCUGGUUUGCCUGAUCUGUUAACCGCCUUUCAUGUGGAGCUGAAGCACGAUGUUCAAAUUGCAAAGAAAACACUCCACGAGCUGAGCAGCUACAAGAAUCACGUGGGCAGUUCUGGGACKUUUGUCCGUGGUAACGACAUCAACCAGAAGACCGGACGCUACAUGGCUCGUUAUACCGGWAUAUACCAGUUUUUAUGCAGUCUUCACAUCAUGAGAGCCCGCGAUGCUCACCUCAGACCACGUGACAAUAUCAAAAUYAGUAUCUGUAUCAACUCUCUUUGUGAUCUGAACACGUCUCUGUUAACAAUCACAGGCUUGAAUAGUAAYAGUAAGCUAUUUACCACAUCAGUGAAUGGUGUUCUUGCUCUUAAGGCUGGYCAGUACGUUUCUGUUUUCGCUGAAAACAGCUCAGGAAAUCCUAUCACGAUUACAAGCAAGUCGUCGUUUACGGGCAUUCUGAUUGGUGCUUAGGCGAUAUAAGUAGUCCAUAAUAGUAUCGUCUAGAAUAUCAUUGGAUCGGUUAAAUAGUGCCGAAGAGACUGUAGAUAAUAAGAGAGUCAAUAUAAGGACACCACAAGUAUUUUGACAAUGUCUGCAAAGAAUGCUAACAUAUGUAAUAAGAUUGUAGAUAAAACAUCGAAAGACUGUGUCAUGUUGAAUAAGUUAUGACUUUAGAGCAAUGCUUGCGCGUUUGAGCUGUCCCACUUGAAAUUGCUCAACUAGAAAGCCAAGAAGAUGUAUUGUAAAUCGUAAAGAGUUUUUAGUUACGAUUCUUGCCUGAACGUUUGAGCUGUCCCACUGCCGCAAAUCUCUUAACUAGGACAACUAGCAAGCGAACAAACGUAUUGUAAAUCGUAAACAGUUUAAAUUUACGAAAGCCUGCUCUUUGGAUAGUAAAUAAUGUUAAAGUAAACACAUCGAUGUCCAUCAAUAGUUGUGAAAUAAUAAAUAAAUAGAUA